UGUAAAGCAAACUGGGGAAACUAAGCUGAAGUAUUUUUGUGCUACUAGAGGGGCUUUAUGCCAGCAGGAUAAAACGAUAAAAGAUAUAAAGCAGACAAGAGACUACCAUGUCGUUUCAAAGGACCUUGUUUUGCGUUUUCUUCAUUUUCUACAUUAGUGUAGUGGUUUCCAAACCUGUGAAAGAAGGGUCUGAAUCAGAGUCUAGUGACUCCGUGUCAGACGAGGAAGCAGAGAGCUCUCUGGAGCAGACCGAGCCAGAGCAGGAGGAGCAAGAGCAGCCGGAGCCUGAGGGGCCAGAGCAGCCCCUGCCAGAGAUGCCCCAGCCAGAGCUGGAGGGGCCAGAGCAGCCCCUGCCAGAGAUGCCCCAGCCAGAGCCUGAGGGGCCAGAACAGCCCCUGCCAGAGAUGCCCCAGCCAGAGCUGGAGGGGACAGAGCAGCCCCUGCCAGAGAUGCCCCAGCCAGAGCUGGAGGGGACAGAGCAGCCCCUGCCAGAGAUGCCCCAGCCAGAGCCGGUAGGGCUAGAGCUGCCCCAGCCGGAGCUGCCCGAGCCAGAGCUGCCCACGCCGGAGCCGGUAGCACUAGAGCUGCCCCAGCCAGAACAGCCCCAGCCGGAGCUGCCCGAGCCAGAGCUGCCCACGCCAGAGCCGGUAGCACUAGAGCAGCCCCUGCCAGAACAGCCCCAGCCGGAGAUGCUAGAACCAGAGCUGUCCCAGACAGCGAUGUGCCAGCCGGAACAACCCCACCCGGAGCCGCCCGAGCAAGGGCAGCCCCAGCCGGGGCAGUGCCAUCCAGAACAGCCCCAGCCGGAGCAGCCUCAGCCUCCCCAGACAGAGCAGGCAAAGCUGGAGCAGCCCACGCCGUGGCAUUGCCAUCCGGAGCAGGCAGAGCUAGAGCAGCCCCAGCCAGAGCCGCACAUGCCGGAGGAGCCCCAGCCGGAACAGCCCCAGCCAGGGUUGGGAGAGCCAGUGACCACAAACGCCCAGGAAGAUAUUGACCCCCUCUGGAGCGAAUCCCCGCUGCCUGAAUCUCGGACUGGCACUCCUCUCAGCUCACACCUGCCUGCCACUCCCUCGGCUCUGCCUGAGAUCGCAAGCCUACCGACCUCUACCGGGAUCCCCGACCUGAUGAUGCCCCCACCGGAUAGUUAUCCUACACAUGACCCUUUUGGGGAAGCUGUCACUCAGAGCAUGCCAAAUACAGAUCCCAUUAAUGCGGACAAUGAAUAUGCAGUGCCCGAAGUCGCAGCCUCAAAUAGACACGCGUGUACAGAGACGGGAUCCGUCGCUGGAGACGUUGGCGCCGGAGAAGAUCCGCUACAUGUUACCAUAUUCCCCCCGGACACUGCUACACCCUUCCCACACGUUACCAUGUCAACGUCUUCGCCACACUUCCACACCCCCCAACAGCCAAUGCCAGUCUCGUGUGCCGAGGCAGCCGCAGGCAUUCCCAUCUGUUUCACUAUCCACUAUCCACCAUGCAAAGCAGAAGCAACAGAAGCAGGGCCACUUAGAGGGGAUGUCUAACCGUUGGUGGGAAACAGAUGUAAAUCGUAUGUUUACUAUUGGAUUCUCCCGUUCACUUUUUAUCGCCACUGUUUUGAGUUUUAUAGUGAAAUUUGUAAGGCAAUUUUAGCUAGUGUACACAUUAGCUGAAACUUGUUUUAAAUUUCAUGUUAUGGAACUGAAACCUUGUGAGAAGAAACACUGAUUCGAUUUAACAGUUUUACCGUGAUACAAUUUAUCAAAAACUGACUUGAAUAACGAUAAAGGAAUGAGUUUGAUCCUAUGGUUUUUGGUGCUGUUGCUUCCUUCAAUCUGUUCUUUUUAUUUGAAUUGUAUACGUGAAUGCAUGUUUAUGAGCAAUCAAAAAAAUGAUUGCAGUUCAAUUAGUUGUGCUUCAAUAUUAAAGAAAUCAUAGUAAACACUGCCUGGAUUUUCUUAUUAAUCGCAUGAGUUUAUUUUUGUCAUGUUAAACCAUAA